CAGCCCCUCCCCCUUUUUAGCGCAAGAAUAAGAAUGGAGACGGCGAAGAAACUAACGGCCGAAGUUCACCUACUGAGGAAGCUCUGUCGCUCUCUGGACGCACAGAGGAAGAAGAGCCACCAGGAGGCCGUGGAGUGGCAAAACUUCGGGAGGUUCACGGCGGGUGUUCUGCAGAAAGAGGUGGAGGGUUUCGAGCGGAAGCUCAGAGUGCUGCAGGAGCGCAUGGACGGUCUCGUGCGCGAGAACGGCGAGCUGCAGGAGAUGUGUUUCUAUCUGGACAAGACGCGACAGAAGUCUAGCGCCGAAGGCGUUGACGCCAGAACUACUGCAGGGACGACAGCUGUUGGUCGAACUGGUGGGACAAAACAGCAGGGCUCUCUGAGGGUUCCGAUGCAUUCGAUGUGUGCAGAAGAAAUGAACAAAGACUCCGGCCCUCCUCUUCAAUACGCAGGCAUCACAAGUGACAACACUCUCCGUGACAAGAAAGGAAAAAACAAGUUCAACCUACUGGAUACAAAAGACCCACAAGCCACUGUUACGAUGCUACAGAAGCGCCUUGAAAAGCUGGAAUCAGAAAAACUGGAGCUGGUGAAGGUGGGGAAAUCAAUCAGGCACACACAGGAGCCCGCCUAGUCUUUCUUUUGUUUUUAGUCUCUGUCGGCAGCCCACCUCCUCGCAGCCCACAUCCAGCCAACCCUGCCGUCUGGAUCCAGUGGUGCCACCUUGCCUCUCCCUCCCACCGUACAACAGCCAGUUCUCCCUCCAGAAUUCCAGGCUCUUCUCAAGUCGUGCAGAGAUGAUGAGGACCGCAGUUCACCUACUCAAAGUUCAGGUCUCAACAUCUCAGCCGACAUGAUAAUGCAGGCUGUCGCAUUGUUGGACAUGUGCCGGAGGAUGGAUGCGAUGGAAACAAACGGUUUCUCUGGUCCGGAUGAAGAGAAAGAGGUGGCCCUUCUGAGAGUUCUUAUGAGCAUUGCCUGGCAAAAGCUUCAAGAGGAGAGCAAACCAAAAUGAUUUCACAAAGUAUUAAAAAAUUCGACUAUUAGUAUAAACAUACAUUUCAGUUGGGGAGAGGAGAGCAAACUAUUCACAAAAUACCAUAACCAAUAAUUAUGACUAGUAUAAACACAGACAUUUCAGUUACAACUUGAGGAUAAAAAAUCACAUGGGUGUGUAUGGGCUAGAAACGUCACUUGAACUGGUACUGGUAGUACUGUUGCUGGACGGCCUCGUUGGCUCGUCUCUGCUGAGCCAGCGAGCGUUUGGCAGCUCCCGACAGGAACUGCCCGAGGUGGGCGUUCUUGUUCCUGUGGAGCAUCUUGACGGCCUCGUCUGAGUCCCUCUGCUGCAUGAGCUGGCGGUCCAGUGCCUCCGCGGCCUCGCGGUAGAUGGCGUACUCUUCCUGUUGCUGGUCGCUCACUGAUCCUCUUCCCAUCAUCACCUCCACCGCAUGA